CAACCUGUACGCCUGUCAUUUGUCAGUGUGUCUGGGACAGGCGUCGACCCGGUCACGACUGACGUCGGCAACACCAGAAGCCGCGAGCAGCCUCAGCAGCACACAAAGCCGACCCACCUCGGCUGGUGGGGACAGUGUCAUGUGCGUCUGCUGGCUUGUGCGAGUGAUCGUAUAAAUAGACGCAACCGGCCAGGCUGGGGCCAAUUUGCUCAUUUAUUCACUCUCCAGGCGGCGUGUUCUCGGACUUGUGUUGUCGUUAUUGGAAUCCGGCGAGCCGAACAUGAAGUGGAGCCGAAUUGA